AUGACAGUUGAAACAGAUACAAUAAAAAAUCCAAAAGAAUCUCCAUUGAAAGCAAAACGUAAACGUGCAUCACGUUCAAGUUCAAGUGGAUCUAGUUCAUCAGGUACCACAAGUUCAUCAUCAGCUUCAAGUCGUUCAUCAUCAUCGUCAUCAUCUAAUUCAUCAUCGUCAACCAGUCGUUCAUCAUCAGCUGCAUCAUCACCAGAAAAAAAGAAUGAUCGUACAUCAACUAAAGUUAUUAAUAAUAAAACAUCAAAUAAAAAAACAUUAGAACAUGGAUCAAUUGAUGAUAAAAAAAGUACUGCUCCUACCGUUCCAAUACAUCGUAAUGCAAGUCCAUCAGCAUCACGUCGACAAGAAAAAGAAAAAGAAGCAACCAAAAUUUAUAUUGGUAAAUUAUCAUUAAAUGUUACUAAAGAACAUUUAGCUGAAAUAUUUGGAACAUUUGGUGAAAUAAAAGAUAUUGAUUUACCAUCACAUCGUAUACAUCCAAAUCUUCAUCGUGGUUUUGCUCAUAUUGAAUAUGUUUCACCAAAUGGUGCUGAACAAGCAUGUAAAUAUAUGGAAACUGGACAAAUUGAUGGACAAGAAAUUGUUUGUGUACUUGUUCAUGGUCAACCAGCACAUUUAUCUGCUGAUAGAAAUCGUCGAGAAUUAUCACCAUAUCGAAGACGUCGACGUUCACCAUUACCACCGGCACGUCAUUAUCCACCACCAAGACGUAUGGGUGAUCGAGAUCGAGAACGUGAACGUGAUCGAGGACGAUAUAAUGAUCGAAGAAGUGGAUAUUCACCACCAUCAAGAAAUUAUCGACGUGGACAAUCACCACCGGCAUCUAGUCGACGAACAGGUACAAGUGGAAAUACAGCUGAAUCACCUAAGAAAAAAGAACGUCGAUAUUCGCGAUCAAGUUCGAGUGAAUCGAAAUAG